AUGGCCUCGAACUCAAUCUUUGAAUCGAGAUCUAGCGAACGACGAUGGGUGAACCAAAUAAGCAAAAUCAUUGAUGACGAAGUUAAGGUCGAUAUCAUCGAUAUUCCGGUUUCGAUUUUUCGUGUUCCCACAACCAUGAGCGCUUUCAAGCCAGAAGCGUAUACCCCUCAGCUCAUAGGCCUGGGGCCGUAUCAUCGAUUCAGGCCCGAGCUCUAUGAGAUGGAGAGGUACAAAGUUGCCGCGGCGACUAGAGUUCGGAAGGAGUUCAGAAGCCUCGAAUUCAAGCAACUUGUCGAUAUGCUCAGCGAGGUUGAGUCUAGUGUCCGAGCUUGUUACCAUAAGUUCUUGGACAUUGAUGGCGAUACCCUAGCCUGGAUCAUGGCCAUCGAUGGGUUGUUCUUGCUCGAUUUUCUCCAUAGCUACGUGAACAAAAAAGAUCGCCUUACCUCUUGUACAACAACCGCUCUUUUAGCUGACGCUUCCGGGAAAAGCCUGGCACGAAGCGAAAUCCUCAGCGACAUAGUGAUGCUAGAAAACCAAAUUCCGAUCUUCGUUUUGAGCAAGAUCUUGACCAUCCAAACUUCCAGGCCUGACGUGCGUAACAAUCUGCUGCCCUCGAUCUUGACGGGUUUCUGCCAAGCGCUUUCGCCUCUCAAGUUGAGGGAGGAUCUCCCUUUGAUCUCCCGAAUUUCCGAUCAUUCGCAUUUGUUGGACCUCUUGUACCACUUGAUCGUGCCCGAAUUGCCGGGGCCCAACGGCCCUGGCAAUGGGGAACAAGGAGCGGCGUUCAACAUAGACGGAAAGCAGAACGCGGAUUCCGGUAAUUCGAAUACGAUUUUUGUUGAGUUUUGGAACUUGUUUUCGAAACUAACUAUCUUCAGUAAGUUUACCAAACCCAUUAGGGUGGUAAUUGGCCUUCCAUGGAAGUAUAUCACUGGUCUGCUUGGGAUUUCGAAAGGUAACGAAACUAGCACCCCCGAAGGUGACGAGGAAAACAAAACUCCUAAAGUAGAGGAGAUCAUGAUUCCUUCGGUUUCAAACCUCCGCGACGUCGGAGUAGAGUUCUUCCCCACUUCCGGCGGCAUCACGAGCAUCAGAUUCGACAAGACCACGGGAAAAUUCUACCUCCCCGUCAUCACCCUGAACGUCAACUCCGAAGUGGUAAUGCGAAACUUGGUGGCCUACGAAGCCUCAAUAGCAUCGGAAUCCCUUGUUUUCGCGCGGUACACGGAGCUAAUGAACGGGAUCGUAGACACGGCAGCAGACGCAACGCUGCUGAGGGAAAAGAAGAUCAUCGUAAACAGUCUGAAGAGCGAUGCCGAAGUUUCGGAGCUCUUCAACGGGAUGAGCAAAUCCGUUCGGCUCACGAACGUGUCGUAUAUUGACAAGGCCAUUGGAGAUGCCAACAGCUACUUCUUCAGCUCGAAGAAGGUUAGGGUUUACACGUCCAUGAAGAAGUACGUGUAUGGGUCUUGGAGGUUUCUUACGAUUGUUGCAGUUAUCUUGAUCAUAUUGAUGACGGCUCUUGAGUCAUUUUGCUCAGUUUAUACUUGUACUAAUAUUUAUGUUAGCACAAGUAGCUAA